AGGCUGUGCCAGCCCACAGAGACUGGCAGAAUGACACAGAGAGCAGCCCACAGGAACAUCACUCCCUAGGGACCAGUCGGCUGCUGUAUCACAUAACGGAUGGAGACAACCCUCUCCUGUCACCACGCUGCUCUAUCUUUAGCCAAAGCCAGAGGUUCAAUCUAGACACAGAGUCUGCCCCUUCUCCACCAAGUGCUCAACCUUUCAUGAUGCCAAGAAGUUCUUCUACAUGUAACUGUGAAGAGUGCAAAGAGCCACAAACAGUAGCACAACUUACCAAGCAUCUUCAGAGUCUCAAGAGAAAAAUUAGGAAGUAUGAAGAAAAGUUUGAGCAAGAAAAAAAAUACCUGCCUUCACACGGUGACAAAACUUCCAAUCCUGAAGUUCUGAAGUGGAUGAAUGAUUUGGCCAGAGGUCGUAAGCAGCUCAAAGACCUGAAACUCAGAAUGUCAGAAGAGCAAAACUGUACCUCUAGAGCACCCCAAAGAAAUGAUCAUUGUGAAAACACUAAAGAGGCUGGAACACAGGAGGCCACGAGCAUGGAACCAGCUCCCUCAGUAGAAGAAACCAUGGACAGUGUAUUUAGAAGACUCAAGGAGAAAAGACAGCACUUUAACCUUCCUGAGACUAUAAAGGAUAUGACAAAAAAGCAAAUGGCAUUGGAAAAAAUCAGUCUUCAGAAAUGUCUGCUAUAUUUUGAGAGUAUUCAUGGACAACCUGUAACUAAGCAAGAAAAGGGUCUCAUGAAACCCCUUUAUGACAGAUACAGAAUUAUCAAGAAACUUCUUGCAACUCCAUCUUUGAUCACAACAAUUCAGGAGGAGGAAGACUCAGAUGAAGACCAUUCUCAAAGCAGCCAUGAGUUAUCAUCUGGUCCAAUAUCUUGCCUCCCUGUCGACGAGCACCUGUGUUACUCUCAGGAGGAGAGUGAGCCUGCCUACGUUUCACCUCUGGAUGAAAAGAAAGUUUUCAGGCAAACAGCCUUGUCUAUGUCCAAUUUACAUGAGGCAACAAUGCCUGUCCUGCUUGAACAUCUCAGAGAAACGAGAGCGGAUAAGAAAAGGCUUCGCAGAGCUCUGAGGGAGUUUGAGGAACAGUUCUAUAAACAGACAGGAAGGAGUCCUCAGAAAGAAGAUCGGGUGCCCAUGGCUGAGGAAUACUCCGAAUACAAGCACACAAAAGCCAAAAUCAGGCUCUUGGAGGUUCUCAUCAGUAAGCAUGAUAUUUCCAAAACAAUCUGAAGCAAAUGCAACGCUGUGAUUUUUUUUUUUCUCUAG